GGAUGCAUAUACAAUAAUCUUGUAUCAGUUCUAUUGAAUUGUUCCUUCCUGAAUUCAAAUUCCCAUUCAUUCGCUUGGCGAGAGUCGAUUCUGGAAUUCUUCAGUUUCCUAGCAGUUCCUUUUUCUUCCAUACCUUCAGGUCUUACUGUGUUGUAAACGUGACUGUAUAUGUUUCUGAAUGUGGUGCCUGGAGGCAGAAGUUGGAGGAGACUGCAUUCUGCAACGAUCUCCUCAGCUGAGGAGGCGCUGCGCAUUUGGGACGGGCAGUCCCAGUUGGUGUCACGUCGAUUCGCGUUUCAGCAGUGGUGUGCACCUAGGAUGGGUGCCUUAACUGGGAAGUGUGAGUCACACCGUUCCUCAAGAUGCUCCCUAAGGCGUUGAAGUUCCAUUGGGAGAAUUUCUGCCAGUCGUCCUCUGCCGUAAUGGGCUUUUCUUUCUGUGCUGUCCUUCUGCCUUGUGGUAGUUGCCGUUGACAAAUAAGCCCCUGAAGAACACGUCUGUGCUGUAAAUCUUGAGAUAUUUGCGCAAUAUUUAUCCCAAAGCACUAUGGACAUACUAUCCUCUGGCAACCAAGUUGGGUUUUUGGUUUGACUGACUAGCUACCUCAUCCCUAACUCAUUACACAUCGACACUUUUAAAUAAAAACUUGUUUUGCUUCAGGACAAUAGCACGUGAAGCAUAUUGAUGAUGCAACGUGAAGUAUAUAAUCUAGACAUUGUGUAAGUAUUAGUAGGUUGUAGUAUGUGGUUUAAUAAAUGUGUAAAUGUAGCAGCAUAGUCAUAAGCUAGGUGCUAUAGUUGUAGACGUGUAUAAUGAUGAGCUGACAGUCUAGGUCUCUUGAAGUAUCAGGCUUAAAUGCAUAUUGAUAGACAGGAGACUGGAAGUCGCCCAGAGCAGGGGAGUCGCUAAGGCGGCUUGCAGCGUGCCUGUACUCGCAGCGCUGGAACCUGAGCAAGAAUGAGGGCCGCCUGGUACUGGCUGGGUCUCGCGCCUGCCGGGACAUGCACGCCUCUCUGUUUGCUUAAGAAAGGAGGAGGGAGGGUUAGAAAGAGAGAAAAAGCGAGUGAGAAACUGCACACACGACGGGACACGUAGGGAGAGGGACCCGUCUGCCGCGUUCCUCAGCAAAGUCAAAGGCGGGGAUUCGGCCAGGGUGCGGAGACCCUUGGAGUGGAACCUGUCGGACUUCCCCGGGGUGCUGAGGGUCGGUCUCUGUGCCCCUCUCGCUACCCCCCUCCCCCUCCUAAGUGCGCCCCUGUCAUGUCCGAUAACGGUGAGCUGGAAGACAAACCUCCGGCGCCCCCAGUUAGAAUGAGUAGCACCUUCAGCCCUGGCGGCAAGGACCCACUGUCAGCCAAUCACAGCUCAAAGCCCCUGCCCUCAGUGCCAGAGGAGAAGAAAUCCCGGAACAAAAUUAUAUCCAUCUUCUCUGGAACGGAAAAAGGUGGUAGGAGGAAAGAUAGAGACAAGGAGCGACCGGAGAUCUCGCAUCCGUCCGACUUCGAGCACACGAUUCACGUGGGAUUCGAUGCCGUCACCGGAGAAUUCACUGGCAUGCCGGAGCAAUGGGCGCGGCUUCUCCAGACAUCUAACAUCACCAAGUCAGAGCAGAAGAAGAACCCUCAGGCCGUGUUGGAUGUUCUGAAGUUCUAUGACUCCACUGGCAACGGCAGACAGAAAUACCUCAGCUUCUCGGCCUCAGACAAGGAUGGAGAAGCAAACAAAAAGGGACCUGGAACUUCAGUUAAGGAAGUCGAAGAUGAUGACGAUGAAGGGGCCCCACCCCCCGUUGUGGCUCCACGUCCGGAACAUACCAAAUCAAUGUACACCCGCUCUGUCAUCGACCCGAUCCCUGCACCAGCUACCAGCCCAGAUGGGGACGCUGCGUCCAAAGCCGCGGAUAAGCAGAAGAAGAAGGGCAAGAUGACGGAUGAGGAGAUCAUGGAGAAACUGAGAACCAUUGUCAGUAUUGGAGAUCCAAAGAAAAAGUAUACACGUUACGAGAAAAUUGGACAAGGGGCUUCCGGUACCGUGUUUACAGCCAUCGACAUCGCCACUGGACAGGAGGUUGCUAUUAAACAGAUCAACCUACAGAAACAGCCCAAGAAGGAGUUGAUCAUCAACGAGAUCCUUGUGAUGAAAGAACUGAAGCACCCUAACAUUGUAAACUUUUUGGACAGCUUCUUGGUGGGCGAGGAGCUCUUUGUGGUGAUGGAGUAUUUGGCCGGCGGCUCCCUGACGGAUGUGGUGACGGAGACUUGCAUGGACGAGGCUCAGAUCGCUGCCGUCUGCCGGGAGUGUAUACAAGCCCUGGAGUUCCUGCAUGCCAACCAAGUUAUCCAUCGAGACAUCAAAAGCGAUAACGUGCUGCUCGGCAUGGACGGCUCUGUAAAGCUCACUGAUUUCGGCUUCUGCGCCCAGAUCACCCCUGAGCAGAACAAGCGCAGCACCAUGGUAGGCACGCCCUACUGGAUGGCGCCCGAGGUCGUGACCCGGAAGGCGUACGGACCCAAGGUGGACAUCUGGUCCCUGGGCAUCAUGGCCAUUGAGAUGGUGGAAGGCGAGCCCCCAUACCUUAACGAGAACCCAUUAAGGGCCUUGUACCUGAUCGCCACUAACGGCACCCCAGAACUUCAAAACCCAGAGAGGCUCUCCCCAACAUUCCGGGACUUUCUGAACCGCUGUCUUGAAAUGGACGUGGAGAAGAGAGGAGGGGGCAAGGAGCUGCUGCAGCACCAGUUUCUGAAGGUAGCCAAGCCUCUCUCCAGCCUGACGCCCCUCAUCCUCGCAGCCAAGGACGCCAUGAAGAGCAACCGCUAGCCCCCCCUCAAAUCCUUUCUGGGUCCGCCCCCUUUGAACUUGGUUUCCCGCCGAUUCCAUCUGGCCUCAGUGUUGCCUGUUAUUACACACAGUGUCCAUUGGGGGGCAGUGUGCAUGAGGGUUGUCUCCUUUUGACCCCGCAAAGCAGGGGUGCCUUUAUUCAGCCAGCCCUGCUGUCCUAAUAAUCCCCGAUUAUGUUAAUGACUAUGGGUACAGCUCAUAUUUCGCCUCAGAAAAUCUGUGUCCAGAUUUUUUUUUUUUCCCUUCACGUUCGUAUCAUAAUACUUGAAACUCAAGUCAUCUCCGAACAAUGCUCUCCUUUUAAGAAAAAAGGCCAGAAAACUGUGUACAAUGAGUUCUUUUAAUAGCAUGGGAAGUAGGAGACUAAAAUUUAAGCUUCUGUAUAUUAUGUACUUGGAGAACAAAGAUAGAAACUCAAACUGAUUUUGCUGUUUUUAUAUGUAUAGGUAUAAACUAACAAGGAGUAUUACAAGGUUAAAUAUGUAAAACGGUUGUCUUAAUUUUUAAUAUGUUUAAUUGUUUUGUUUCUCAUUUUGCUAGUAAAACUACAUGUCCACAAAAUCAAAGAACAAUCUUUUGAAUUUGAGCUGAAGUAAUUCUCCCCUCCCUCCCCCCCCCCCCCACUAAUUUAAGAUUAAACCUGAGACAUUGGGGCCCCCAUUAUUUUGCUAAAGUCAUUAUAUAUAAUAAAUUUUUACCAUUCUCACAAUUUCAGUAAGGUUUUUGCCGCUCGUUCUUCUAUUGGUCUAUUUCUGUGUACGCAGUGUGAGUUGGGUCAGGCCUCAGAGCAACUUUUUUUUUUCUGCCGAAAUCGGAAUUCAAACCUCCCCGAGGAGAUGCAUGGUUCCUCCAUUCUGCUCCUACAUUUCCUAUCGUAUGUAAGCUAUUAUUGUGUAUGAAUCUAUUGCUUUACAGCCAGUGGUGGGGAACCUGCACAAAGGACCUCAGGAUUCUCCAGAUUUCGAAUUAUUGCUUCCUUAGCAAUAUGCACACCUGGAGCGUCAGGUAAAUCUAGCUCCUACCAUGGAAAUGGCAUCAAUGAUUGUAGGAUUGGAAUUGACAUCAUUGAGCAACAGCGCCACCUGGUGUAUGAAAAGUUCUCAGAAGCGGCUUAUUUAAUUCCGGUCACAGUCAUCCGGCACUGGCAGCUUGCACUGCCAGCCAUAGAAAGCAUAGAAAUUCGAAUUAUAGAAGAACACACACAGUUGAUGGUUGUAACCAGGGCUGCCGACAUCAUUGCUAUAGUUUUUUGCCCCUUCGUAGACGAUGAUGACUCGUAUGAGAGUACAAGGGAUUGGUUAUGGGUAAGGUUAAUGCAGUAUAAAUAUUAUGUAAUAGAAAAGUCAUUAAUGAGUGGAAAAACCGCUGAAUGGGUGCAUAAAAUUGCUGAUUUGGUGGUUUUAAUAGUAGUCUAGUGGGGUGCUGCAUAGAAAAUGACAAAUUCCACCCAUUUCUAUUUUCUGCGAUUCAGGCUUAGGGGGGUUGCAGCCUACCCCAAAGGCUAUGGUGCAAGGCAGGGCUCUCAAAUUUUGGCUACUAUGAAUAAACUGCACAAAUGGACCAAUAAUCAAGCAAGACCCAAGGAAUAAAUGAUUGACACAGCAUUGGCAAAGUCAUUAUGGUCCAUUUCUUACAGAUUUUUGGAACUUAAGUGAUUGAUUUGUCUGAUUGGUAGGUUGCUGGUUCAAAUCCCAGGGUUGUCAGAGCGAUUCCACUGUUGAGCAGGCCCUUAAACUCCAAUUGCGUUCAGGAUUGGCUGACCCUGCUUUUUCAAAAAAAAAAAAAAAAAACUAAACAAACCAAAUGUGAAAAAUAGUAUAUCGCUGGCAGUCACCUGUCGUCACGGUCCCGUAGCUUGUGUGCUUUGCAUGUUGUUCUAUAAACAACAUCUGGCCAAUUCACCCAACUUUCCCACCCAAACCGGUUGUGCCCUUUCACAACAUCUCUUCUGUUGAUUGAGAAAUUACAUUUUUUUUGGUGAAACUUUCAAAUAACUGCAGUGUAAUGAAAUCCUAUCGUCUGGAUGUGAUGCAUUAAGUGUGUGACGAAAACUGAUGGUCGUCGGGAGGUCUUUCCGUGACCUUGUGACCUCAUGAAGACGGAUGCAAAUAAAAAGUCACUGAUUUUGGUGGUCA